CCGCCGCUGUCCCUCCGGCUCCUCCUCCUCCUCCUUCCGCCGCCACCGUCCAGUUCCAAGGGGUCACAAAACCCAAGAAGAUGAAGGUGAAAUGGUCCCAAGUGGGUUUGGUGUUCUUUCUCAUGCUCUCCAUGGUGAUGACGGGAUGCUUCUUUUGGCAAUAUCAGCUUCCAAAGGUGCAACCAGAUGAAGGGCUGGGUGACAAUGCCAAAUCGGAGAUGAGGUGUCCCCGCUUCCCCGAGCCGGUUCCGCUGCAGCAUCCUAUUCCCGCUCUGAAAGAGGCCCUGGAAAAGGUGGACAUUUUGCUUCGUCAGAGCAUCAAUCCAAUUAGUCUGCCGGCUCUCUCCGCCAUCGUUAUCCUGAAUGACACUGUUUUAUGGACCGGCAAUUUUGGCAAAAGGAACAUCUCAGAUGUAUUCUCGGGACCCCCCAAUGAGUACACCAUCUACAGAAUCGCCAGCCUGUCCAAAAUCUUUCCCACGCUUAUGCUGUACCGCCUGUGGGAAGAGGGCAAGAUCGGCUCACUGGAUGACCCGCUGGAGAAAUACGUGGACAAUUUCACCAUCAAGAACCCCACAGGGAGGUCGCGUGACUCGGAACUCAAAUACGUGACGGACGGUCUGAUCUUCCUGGACAGCGGCGAGGUCCCUAUUCGAUCCUCCUCGGUGACGCUCCGCAGGAUGGCCAGCCAGCUCUCUGGUCUGCCAAGGAGACUCAGAGCAACAAACCUUCUCUGGAAAGGAAAGACUCAGUCGGCAAUCAAUCUUCUGCAGGAUGACGUCCUUGUUGCCGAUCCGGGAACCAAAUGUCACUACAGCAAUCUCGCCUUCUCGCUGCUGGCACACGUCAUGUCUGAGCGAGUGGUCAAAAUGGACUACCAGCGUUGGGUUUCGGAGAACAUCCUGGACCGCCUGGGCAUGGAGGACACAGGGUUCAACAUCACGCCAGGUCUCCAGGGCCAGGUGGCCGUGGGCGUGUACUCCAACGGAAAGCCCGCUCCUUUGUACGACUUGGGCUGGUAUCGUCCGUCGGGUCAGAUGUUCUCCACGGCGGCGGACCUGGCCAAGCUGGCCAUGAUGCUGCUGGGUGCCUAUCACCGCAAACUUCUGGAUCCCGACUCCUUGAAGAUCAUGCUUACGCCGCUCUUCCGGUGCGACAAGGACUACUUCGCAAACCGUACGGGGACGCCGUGGGAGGUGAAUGAGCUGCUGGGCUACGAGAUGGUGCGUAAAGACGGUGACCUGGACGGCUACUCGGCCACAUUCUCCCUGGUGCCGCGACUUAAGCUCGGCCUGGUGGUGCUCAUGGCCGGGGGUCGUUCCCAAAAGCAGGACUUGGUGGCCAAAGCCUACCGCCACAUCAUCCCUGCCUUAGAAAACGCCUUCAGGGAAACCCGCAGGGUGCUCUCGGCGCCCCCGAACCCAGAGGCCUACGCGGGGUUCUUUACCUACAGCAACAUCACCUUCUACGAAAUCAAAGCCGGCUCGGACGGCGUUCUCACCAUGCAGCAAUUCGGCCCUCAAAUCGAAGAGCUGAUACCGCAAAUGUACCGGACCAUAAAGCUCAACUACCUGGUAGAGCGCGUCUUCAAGGUGGUCUUUGAAAGAGAGUACCCCUGCGUCCUCAGGGUAGGUUCGGCAGCCGUGUCAUUGGAGGCCCAGGACGGACAACUGUUCAACUUCUACGCGUACGACAAGCGCGGCGUUUCCCCCGGGUUCGACGCGCCGGGUCUGAACACGUACAAUGUGGUCAGGAUAGCACGCAAGCCGUCCUUCUCCAGCUGAGUCACGGCUACCUGAAGGGCACUUCGCGUCCUAGCCUUGAGACGGUUGCUACAAAUGAAGAUGGAGGAGGACAUGUUGUGAAAGUGAGUCAUCAUUUUGCCCCCUGCCUAGACUCACCGUUUAUUUUGUUUUUCACAGUUACCAUUUGCUCUCCAUUAAUGUCAUGUCUUUUUGUUGCUGUUUUUAUACUACUAUUGAAUGCAUAUUCUACCGUGAACCCUCGCUACGUCCAAAGCUUCUGACCAAACCCGAAAUAAACAUUUUUAAAUACAAUAAUCUUGGCACAUUUUCCAGGUAUAGACUUUUUAUCACCUCAAAGGAUCCAACUAUUUGAAUUAUGAGAAACGGUGAGCAGCCAUUUUCAAACCUUUAAGCCAUUAGCGGUAAGGCCAAAUGGGAGAGAAGUGAACUACUAUGAAUGCUUUCACCCAAACAAGCCAAAAUUGGGAGUAAAUACUACCAUCAUUUUAAGGGAUGGCUAAGAAAAAAAGGAUCCAACUGCGAAGGCCCUUUCGUUCUUGCUUACGCCUUAAAUUAUCGUCACUUUCGCCAUUGUUACAAAGACGCCACUUUACUUUCAAUGGAAAAUUGCUAUUUUAGAAUCAUUUCAUUUGUCCCGCAAAAAGUUGGGCCAGGGUUGUUUAACAUUCUAUACCAAAACCUAUUGUUAUAACUCAAACGGUCAAUUAAAAACGGAACAUUCUUAUUUUGUAAAUAAUUUUGAUACAUGUUUUAAAUUGUACAGGUGUGUACCUAAUGUUGCAGCCCGGCAAGUGUGUCUUGUUUCUAUAGCUGGUUCAUCUCAUGAAUUUAUGACUUAUGUAAGAGUAUUUGAAUGCUAAAUUAUUCUCUAAACGGGGCUGGUGUGAAAUAUUUUUGACAUUAAAAGAGAGGCU